AUGCCGCGGAAGGACCAAGAUUCUUUCAAGCCUGAAGACGUCUUCGUUGGCGGCGGCGCCAAACGCAAAGCAAAGCCGGGCAGCCUGAGGCCAGGCGGCCUCGGCUUCCGGGAGAACCAAGUCGGGAGGGCGGGGGCGAGCUGCCGGAAAAGCUUAGUCAUCGGAGGAGUGAGCGUAGGAGCUAACAAGCCUACGAUAUCAAGGAACGAAAUAAGCCAACUUGCUGAGGGAGUCGACCAUCACAAGAAUCGAGUCGUGCCCUGUCGCUGGAGCGCGAGAAACGGGACACUUCGAAUGCGCAGUGAAAAGGCCUGCACAGAGCUGCCGACUUCUGGUAGUAUGGGAAACGUUGUGCCCGAUUCCCAGGGCCCGCCCAUAACAUUCCUCGUCGCAGCCAUCGCGGAGUAG